AACAUUGGUGAUUGGAUUAUAGACGAGCCCGAGAGAACAUUCAAAAGAAAUAAUAAUUGCCGGUUGCUUUUACUGCAUGGGACCAAAAAUAAACACCGUUUACAUUGUUACAAAUAUUCAGAGUGAAGGGGAUAUUAUGCUGAGAAAGGCCCAUCAUUUUUUUUUUGUUUUUUAUAUGUCUUCUAAUCUGCCUGCAAUUGUUGAGUGUUUUGACAGUGAAAACGGAGGACUGGGUGAUAUGAAACCCAACGAAAACCACAAGCAUGUUGUGUGCAGAGAGAAAAGAGAAGAGAGAAAAAAGAGACUGCAGCAGCGAGAAAAUUGAAAAUUAGGCUCCACGGGCUCUCGGGUUUUCCGCGUGUCCUUCGUCGAGGUUUGAGUCGAGAUGGGGAGCAAAGCCCUGCACGCUCCGAUCCCCCUGCACCCGGCGCUCCAGCUCACUAACUACUCCUUCCUGCAGGCCUUCAACACUUUCCCCGCUGACCAGCUGCAGGGGCUGUACGGCCUCAGCGCGGUGCAAACCAUGCACAUGAACCACUGGACUCUUGGUUACCCACACAUUCAAGGACUGAGGUCGACGAUCACGGAGAUGGCAGCCGCGCAGGGUCUGGUCGACCCCAGGAUCCCCUUCCCAGCGAUUCCCUUCUCAGCCGCGGCGCAGCUCUUCCAUCCAAAGCAAGCGGCCGCUGGGCACGGCAUCCCCUCGCUGCACAAGGACAGGCCGCGGUUUGACUUCGCCAACCUGGCCCUCGCUGCCACACAGGAGGACCCGCCGAAAGCUGCGGAUCUGGCCAAGUUGGCGUCAGGACUAGGGGGGACCAUCUCCGAGCUGAGUAAGCUGUCCCCGGAAAGAAAACCCACGCGGGGCAGACUGCCGUCCAAAACUAAAAAGGAAUUUAUUUGCAAGUUCUGCGGCAGGCAUUUCACCAAGUCCUACAACCUCCUCAUCCACGAGAGGACCCACACAGACGAGCGGCCGUACACCUGUGACAUUUGCCACAAGGCUUUCAGAAGACAAGACCAUCUCAGAGACCACAGAUACAUCCACUCCAAGGAAAAACCUUUCAAAUGUCAAGAGUGUGGGAAAGGAUUCUGUCAGUCUCGAACUCUAGCCGUCCAUAAAACCUUACAUAUGCAGGAGUCUCCCCACAAAUGCCCCACAUGCGGAAGAACCUUUAAUCAAAGAAGUAACCUGAAAACUCACCUUCUCACCCAUACAGACAUCAAGCCCUACAGCUGUGGCCGCUGCGGAAAGGUGUUUCGGCGCAACUGUGACUUGCGACGGCACAGUUUGACGCACAGCCCACAUCAGGACUACUAGGCUGGACAGACUAAAAAAAAUAACAAAGGACAAAACGCAGGAAGACAAGUCACGCCACCGUUCUUCCUAUUCCUAUCCCCCCAACCUCCACCUCCACCUCCACGUUUUACCCUUGUUGUUCAAAGACAGUCUCCAAAUCAUGGACACGUUUACUGACGCGCGUUUGGAGUUUGCUUGCACCUGAAGUGGGACAACAGCGGAGCCGAGACCACGUCCAGCUCCCAAAACCACCUGUAAAUACCAUGUACAUAAUGUCCUUGUUUUUUUGUUUUUCUUUUUUUUCUUUUCUGAUCCUGAAAUUAUAAAAGUUGUCAAAACUGUCAUAAGUUUAAACUAUGUUAAAGUGUAUUUUAGAAAAAAUAAAUAUUUCCAUGAUA